AUGAGAAGAGCCUCCGCCGUAGUAGAUUGGCUCUAACUGGGAUACUGGGAACAUGGCGGCUGCCGUGGAAAAUGAUUUUGAAGUAGACAACGAAGAUUAUUAUUCUCUGCUCAAUGUCAGGAGAGAGGCCACCCUAGAAGAGUUGAAAUCGUCUUACAGGCGAAUGUGCAUGCUCUACCACCCAGACAAGCACAGAGACCCUGAACUGAAGAGGCAGGCCGAGCAUCUCUUCACCUAUGUACACCAGGCAUAUGAAGUUCUCAGUGACCCACAUUCCCGAGCCAUAUAUGACAUAUUUGGGAAGAAGGGCCUGGAGGUGGAAGGCUGGGAGGUGGUGGAGAGGAACAGAGCCCCUGCUGAGAUUCGGGAGGAAUACGAGCGCUUACAGAGGGAGAGAGAAGAAAGACGACUCCAGCAGAGAACAAACCCUAAGGGGACGAUAAGUGUGGGUAUAGAUGCAACGGACCUCUUUGACCGCUAUGAUGAAGACUUCGAGGAUGCUCCAGGAGGAGGUUUUCCCCACAUUGAGAUUGACAGGAUGCACAUUUCCCAAUCCAUUGAGGCACCCCUAACUAAUAAAGAUACAGCCGUCCUUUCCGGUUCUUUGUCUACCCAUAAUGGAAACGGAGGAGGAAAUAUAAACCUGUGUGUUCGACGUGUGACCUCGGCACGAGGCUGGGGAGAGCUGGAGUUUGGUGCCGGGGAUGUUAGAGGACCUUUGUUUGGGAUGAAAGUAUUCCGCAAUGUAACCGCACGCUGCUUCGUGACUGCGCAAUGGGGACUGCAGUUCUCCUCACGUGGAGUCAAACCGAAUGCCUCAACGAUGAUGGCGAGGCAUCUUGACCAGAACACUAUGGGUUACUUGCAGUGGCGCUGGGGAAGCCAGUCUGCCAUGACCACCAGUAUUGUCAGGGACACCAAAACCAGUCACUUCACCUUGGCUUUGCAGCUUGGAAUUCCUCAUUCUUACCUCAUGAUGAGUUACCAGUACAAAUUCCAGGAUGAAGACCAGACUAAGGUUAAAGGCUCUAUCAAGACCGGGUUUUUUGGCACCGUGGUUGAAUACGGCGCAGAGCGGAUGAUCAGUCGCCACAGCGUCCUUUCGGCAACCGUCAGCAUCGGCGUACCCCAAGGAGUCUCUCUCAAAAUCAGGUUGAACCGAGCCAGUCAGACCUAUCUCUUCCCCAUUCACCUGACUGAUCAGUUAUUACCCAGUGCUGUGUUUUAUGCCACCGUGGGCCCGCUGGCCAUCUACUUAGCUGUCCAGAAGCUUAUCAUUAUGCCUUACGUACGAGCCCAGAAGGAAGAGGAGCUGGAGAAACAGAAGGAAGAUUCGGCUUCAGAAAUCGCUCGCAGGAAACAAGAGGCCGAAGCUGCUGUGUUGCUGAUGCAAGAGUCAGUGAAGAGAAUCAUUGAUGCUGAAGAAUCUAAAAUGGGUCUCAUCAUUCUAAACGCCUGGUAUGGCAAAUUUGUGUCGGACAAUAGUCAGAAGCACGAGAGGGCAAAGGUCAUUGAUGUUACGGUCCCGCUGCAGUGUUUAGUGAAAGAGUCGAAACUCAUUCUUACAGAGGCUUCAAAGGCGGGUUUGCCAGGCUUUUAUGACCCGUGUGUUGGAGAAGACAAGAGUCUAAAGCUGCUGUAUCAGUUCAGAGGAGUAAUGCACCAGGUCCUGUCUGGAGAUACAGAGCCUCUGAAGAUACCCAAACAAUCUCAUAAAAUACAAGCAGAGACGUAAGAAUCGUCUACACGUCCCGGGAGGAGCGGACAUGAGGGAUCAAUGGACACACGGAGAUGUGAGGAACAUACAGAAAGACUGUCAAGAAAACCUGUCAGUCAUUAAGUGAAGCAAAGGGCAGUUCCUUCUCAUCUCAUCCAUCUAUCAUUUUUGUAUGUGAACCUGAACCACAAAACUGGUCAUUCUUUUAUUUAUUUAGAUGUAUCUGAUAUUAUGCUAAAUAAAUCAACUUUAAAAAUUAAUGUAUGCUUUGUUUGGGUAGGGCAGUAUUUGGCUGAAAUACAACUAAUCUGAAGGUGCAAACAAAUCUAAGUAUUAAGAAAAUCAUCUUUAAAGUUGUCCAAAUUAAGUCCUUAGCAACACAUAUUACUAAAUGAUAAAUACAUUUUUAAUAUUUAUAUUAAUAUCUUCAUUGCGCAUGUCCUCCUAAUGAUUUUUUUUUAAAAAGACCCAUAAAAUAUAUUUUUGGCUAUGGCUACAAAUAUACCCGUACUACUUAUAACUGGUUUUGUGGUCCAGGGUCACAUAUUGUCUGGUAAGCUCAGUUCUCUUUGCUUAUUACACGGCUCUCUGGAAUGCUUGAUUCUGAUUGGUCAGUUGAGACAUUUGCAGGUUCGUUCUUUUCGAAUAAUAACCGCUCCAAAAUAAUAACGCAUAGCCGGACUACUUGCACGAGUAAUAUCGCUCCGCGCCAAUAAAGAUCAAUAAAGAUUACUGUCUGUGUGGCGCCAUCUUGUGACAAACACUCGACAACCACGACAAGAGACAGACAGCUUACUGAGACUGAACUUGACAAAAUAGAGCAUGACAGCUACGAAGCCAACACACACAAAAAUACAGAAUGGGGAUUAAAACUUCUCAAAGAGAAAAAAUGGAGACAAGUAUGAAGCAGAGGAUCUUUAUAAGGUAUUACGAUCAUUUUAUGCAUCUGUGCAAAGUUUCGCGGAAGGAUAAAAAUGUUAAUUUAAAACAAAUAUGCCAAUAAAAUGUUUCAAAUUCAUAUUCAUGUCCAGUUUUUGUUUCUU